AUGCUGGUGGCAUUCUGUCUCCUUGUGGCCCUGGCGACGGUGACCUUUCUCCCUGCCGAUGGGCAGGGAUACGUGCCGCGCAUCCUCAUCCUGCAGACGCAGCCCAUCCAGCCCUCCUGCUCCAAAGCCAUUGCCUGGCCCCCGGAGGGCGCGCCGGCCCCCGCCGGGGCCAAUAUGUCCUGCAGUGUGUACCCGAAUUAUUUCCGCAGCGUCAUCGACACCUGCAACUACAUCGCCGACCGGUAUCUGGCGGAGUUUGGGUACUUUUGGUACUGCUGCAAUUAUAAAUGGGAGAACCGCUCGGUGUUUGUGCUGGAUUUGGGCGAGAACCACUUAUCCAGCGUAGGAAGCAACGAUAUGAUCGCUUUAGCCAUCGCGGAGAACACCGUCUUGCAGUACUUGGAUCUCUCCUACAACGGCUUCAGCGAAAAAGCAUCGUAUUUAAUAUUCAUGGGCUUAAAGUCGAAUAGUUUUAUUCGGACGUUCCUGUUUGGACACAACCACGUGGCGAAUAAAGGCUGCGAUGGCGUGUACGACGCGCUGCGCAAUUCGGAGACAUUGUGGCGCGUGGAUCUGGAGCACUGUGCUAUUGUGGAUAAAGGCGCACAGGCCGUGGCGAACGGGAUCACCAAGAACGAUUCGCUUAAAUCGCUAAAUUUGGCCAAUAAUCCCAUUGGCGUACCCGGCACAACGGCGCUGCUGAAAGCAAUAUCUAACAAGGAGAAACUGAAGAGCGUCGAUGUUUCGAAUUGCACGGUGAACGCGGCGUUUGUCACCAGCGCAGCCGCCCUGGAGAGCCAGAAGGAACUGCGUAUUAAACACACCGGGGAAGGUGUGCCCAAUAAGGCCCUUCCGCCGUAUCCCAUUGAUUUGGAUGCGUUGGCCGCCAAAGCCGGGAAAAAGAAGGACAACAAGACGAAAAAAUAGCCGGUUGCUUUGCAUUGCUUAUGGUUUUGCAUAUCUGUAGACGUUGGAGAACACAAGACAGUUAUGAGACAGAUAACGACAGCAAACUUUCUGUUACAAAGUUUACCCAGCUUAUCAAAAAGCUUAUCCUUAACUGUAUUUUGUUAAUCAGCCAAGAUAAGGGACAAUUCAAUUUGCUGAUAAAGUCAAGUCUUCAACUCACCGAUUGCCUUUCGUUGCAUCAUACGAAACAUCUAUAAUAAACUAAACUGCGCUCGU